AUGAUAUUCAUGAGGGUGCCCGUUUUGAUAGUUUGUGAGAUUGAGGGCAUCAAGAUUAGAGCCAGCUCCCUUCCAGGGAACAACUUCACCACAGACUGUAACAACCCAGGGAACUUCAUGUGUGGGGACGGGAAGUGUAUCCCAGGGGCGUGGCAGUGUGACAGACUGUCCGACUGCUUCGACAAGAGUGACGAGAAAGGCUGCCCCAAGAUAAAGUCCAAGUGUGCUCCGACGUUCUUCGCCUGUGCCAACGGGAUCCACUGUAUCAUCGGGCGGUUCCGUUGCAAUGGCUUCAGUGACUGUCCUGACGGGAGCGACGAGAAGAAAUGCACAGGUAACCCGCUGGUGUGCAUGGAGGCCCGCUUCAAGUGUCGUAACGGGCGCUGUGUGGACCGCAGUUUCCUGUGUAACGGACAGGACAACUGUCAGGACAACAGUGACGAGGAACACUGUCUCACCACCGCAGAAGCUCCAGGCCAGGACUUUGUAACCUUGGACUACCGCAACUACCCCAGCAUCACCUACGCAGUCAUCGGCAGCGCUGUCAUCUUUGUCCUGGUGGUGGCGCUGUUGGCCUUGGUUCUGCACCACCAGAGGAAGCGCAGCGUGCUGCUGCCCCGGGAGGUCCGGUCCUCCUACCACCACCACCACCAUCAGCCCCUGCUGCUAUCCCGCGUGGUCAUCCUAGACCGGGGACACAUCCACCCAGCUGGCCCUGGCCUCUCCCCCACCUCCCCGUCUGCAGAAUCCCAGUUCAGUGCAGGUCCACAAGGGCUACAUAUGCUGUCUAGGACCCUCUACCCUGCUGACGUAUCCAUGGACUCGCCACCCUCCUACUCCCAGGCCGUGCUGGAUGUCAGCCGGCCUCCCUGGUUUGACCUUCCCCCGCCUCCCUACCUCCCAGACGGGGAGCUGCCGUCAGAAGGAGAGCUGCCCCAGUAUGAAGCCCCCACAGAGCCCUCCACUCAGCCCAGCACACGUUCCUCUGAGCCCCCCACACCCAGAACUGUGGCCCCAGGCAUGUCCUGGCCUAGCUUCAGCUCCAGAGAAGAGUCGGACUAGCUGUAGUCCUCCUCUGAUGACUGCAUGUACAUAGGACUACAAUACCCAGCCUCAGGGCUGUGGAAGGCUGAAGAGAAAGGAGCUGUUCAAUUUGCGAAGACCCAAUGGAUUGUCCUGCCUAAUGUGAGAAUGAGAGACAAGGCUAUAGUCUAUCGAUAACUACAACUGACUGACUAAGGCACUUGGAUUUAUUGCUAUUAUAUGCUGGCACCCUCUGCUGGAGAUUUAUCUACAUAUCCCCUGACUGGGUUGCUCACUUAUUCAAUCAAUCAAUCAUCAGUCAAUUGCAUUUCAUCUGUGGCUAUAUAGUGCUUUUUAUAAAUUAAUUUCUCAGUGUGCUUAACAACUUCAAGGGUCGAAACUAAAAUAAAACAAAAUAAAAACUACCACAGCCUCUCAACACUAUGCAUCUCCUGUUGAACUGGUGAAGACCCUGGUUGGUGCGAGAUCCCGUAGCUUGGUUGUGUUGACUGGAUGGAUGGUCAACUUUUAUAGUACAGUUAUGCAUUAACAAUGUAGUAGGACUCACAGUAACUAACAUUGUUUGUGGUACUCAUAAAGGGUCAAAUGUCACAUGGUGUUACAGUUACAGUAGCAGAUGUAUAUGCUGUGCAAACAUAGAGAUACAGGGUCAGAUCUGUAAUGUUACAGUUUAGCACAUGAGGACAACCAGCUAGCCACAGAAACAUGUGGGUAGUGGACACAUGGAUAUGGGGCACGUUUUCCUCCCAUCCAUAUUGCACAAUGCUGGUUCUCUUCAAUCUGUUCUCAUUGGCCAUCUCUUUCAUUUCAUAGGGAUAACUGUAUUUCUCUGUCAUAGAGCACUUAUCAUGAUGGCUGGGUUUACAAGUAAUUCAUGUUUUGCCAUGAACUCAAAUGGAAGUAUUAUUUGAGGAAGAUAACGUUUGGAUAAAAAAUACUCCUACUGAGUAAGGUCCCAAAGAAAGUUAGUUUUCGGGGUAUCUGGACCUUUUCAAAGCACUCAAAUAUAAGUUUAACGACUUUGUCUACUGUCCCACUCAGGGUCUAGUUUGACAAAAUGUUAUUAAGGUCAUGUUCUACUGCCCAUGAGGACAGUCCAUAUUGGUUUAUUUUGAUAUUAUAUCUGUCCAGACUCUUUGGCAGAGGGGAGAAGAAUGUUCAGAUUGAACUUCUCGUCUGACUAGUGUUUUCAUGUUUAUUAAUGUUACACUCUGCUGCCUGAGAGCACAAGACAAACAUUUUGGCAGGGAAGAGAAAAAUACAUUUAAGGAUUCAUUUUCAUUAGUGCAUAAAGAGGAAGUGUAGAAAUACAUCAGUAGUAACUUUAUUGGCAGGAAAACAAAUGGUGCAUGACGAGAACAUCCCCACAGCUAGAAUAUCUAACAAUAGAGAAUACAUCAUAAAGUGCUUCUCCUGUGGACUCGAGCAAAGACCCUUCCACUUGGUACCUUGGAACACAAAUGUGUAGAUUGAAAUAAGCAUUUGGGAUCCUCCUCAAGUUAAAAACAUCAUUCAAGUCAGUAACUAAUUACAGAAGCUGUUCAAUUGGCUCUUAUGUAGUCACUGAACAAAAAGAUCAGCCAUUUCCUCCUUGGUUCCAUAAUUAUGUGUUACUGACUGCACCAUGUACCAUCUACCUCCAUGUUUUUCCUGACAAACUGAAAUUGUUGAUAGUCACAAAUGGUUGGUCAUAGUAUUGGUGUAUUUCAAUCUAUGCGAUAUGUCAAUCAGAAAAGGU